AUGUCAAGGGGAAAGGAGAUUGUGGCCAUUGCUCUGGCUCUGAUAGGAUGUAUCAUUGCCGUUGUUGCCUGUGUUCUGCCUAUGUGGAAGGUCUCAGUUGUUUCUAAAGGACAUCUCAGCACAGUCCAAAUCAUCUGGGAAGGCCUUUGGAUGAGCUGUGUUAUGCAGAUCACUGGACAUAUGCAGUGUACGGCCUACGACUCCAUGGAGGCUCUACCUUCAGACCUGCAGCUAGCCCGAGACAUGAUUGUCAUCGCCAUCAUCACGGCUCUGCUGCCUUUGACGCUCUCCUUUAUGGGUGCAAAGUGCACCAACUGCAUUAAGGACAGGGGAUUUAAGGCAAAAGUCAUGAUUAUCUCUGGGGUCAUGUUCAUUAUUGCUGGUUGUCUGGUGCUCAUCCCUGUGCACAUGACAAGGAACACCACCAUUCAGUUUUCAGUGCACACAGAGCUUGGAGCAUCACUCUACUUUGGCAUUGGAGCCGCUGCUCUGCUCAUCAUUGGAGGGCUCCUACUAUGCUGCACCUGCCCUUCACAGGAGAGAAGGUAA